AUGGAAGAGGGUUUUGUGGCGGCUCCCGGUGGCGGGUCAUGGGCGCUGGGCUCGGUCCUGGCCACCCACGCCGGUCUCUCGCUGCUGCGGUCGGCCUCGGUCCCGGUGGCUCUGACCUCGGGCGUUCUUGCGGGCGCGUGUGGGAUGGCCGGCCUCAUGAUCAGAGACACGUAUGUGGCCGAAGACGAUGCUGCCCUUGCAUCUGCCAUGUCCUUCUCCAUCGCCGUCUCAUCGGUCGUCACGGGCGUCUCGGGCGUCCGUGCCUACAUGGUCCGUCCGCGCCUCGCCGGCCCGCUCGCUCUCGCUGCCGCCGCCCUCGCCACCUCGUUCUACCAUAUGGCUAUGGUCGAUCGCCUUGGCCUCCGCGUAGAGGCGGAUGCCCCCACUGUCGACGCCGAAGACGACGACGACGACGACUCAUGA